GGACUUAAUCAUCGUUGAAGAAUAGCCCCAGGUUGAAUUUGUGAUUUGUAGCGUUCAACCUCCAAAGAAAAUGGCCUUUCGUCCCCCAAAAAAUUACGAAAAUGCCAUCCAAAAAUAAAUUGGCCCAAAUCGGUGCUUAUUGGACUUAUCAUCCGUGGAGAACCGGAUCAAUAGACUUCAUUAUCGGUGGAGAAUAGGCUCGGCCUGAUUGGUUGAUCUGCAGCCUCCAUAAUCGAAAGAAAAUGGCAUUAUGGAAAAAUAGCCCAAAAUCUUUGAUGGUACCCCUUUGGAAUCUGCAAAAAAUGGGUCUCGAAUAAAUUUGCCCUAAUAGGCGCUUAGUGGACUUAAUCAUCAUUGAAUAAUAGCCUCAGGCCGAAUCCGUAAUUUGUUGUCUUCAAAAAUCCAAAGAAAAUGGCCUUUCGUCGCCCAAAAAAUUACGAAAAUGCCAUCCAAAAAUAAAUUGGCCCAAAUCACUGCUUAAUGGACUUAUCAUCCGUGGAGAAUAGGAUCAAUAGACUUCAUUAUCGGUGGAGAAUAGGCUCGGCCUCAUUUCGUGAUCUGCAUCCUCCAUAAUCGAAAGAAAAUGGCAUUUCGGAAAAAUCGUCGAAAUCAGUGAUGGUACCCCUUUGGAAUCUGCAAAAAAUAGGCGCCGAAUAAAUUCGCCCAAAUCGGCGCUUAAUGGACUUAAUCAUCAUUGAAGAAUAGCCUCAGGCCGAAUCCGUGAUCUGUAGUCUUCAAAAAUCCAAAUAAAAUGAACUUUCGUCGCCCAAAAAAUACGAAAAUGCCAUCUGAAAAUAAAUUGGCCCAAAUCGCUGCUUAAUGGACUUAUCAUCCGUGGAGGAUAGGAUCAAUGGACUUCAUUAUCGGUAGAGAAUUGGCUCGGCCUGAUUCCAUGAUCUGCAGCCUCCAGAAUCGAAAGAAAAUGGCAUUUCGGAAAAAUCGCCUGAAAUCUGUGAUGGUACCCCUUUGGAAUCUGCCAAAAUUUGUCUCGGAAUAAAUGCACCCAAAUCGAAGCUUAAUGGACUAAAUCAUCGUUGAAGAAUAUCCUCAGGCUGAAUCCGUAAUCUGUAGUCUUCAAAAAUCCAAAGAAAAUGGCCUUUCGUCUCUCAAAAAUUUACAAAAAUUACAUCCGAAAAUAAAUUGGUCCAAAUCGCUGCUUAAUGGACUUAUCAUCCGUGGAGAAUAGAAUAAAUAGACUUCAUUAUCGGCGGAGAAUAGGCUCGGCCUGAUUUCGUGAUCUGCAUCCUCCAUAAUCGAAAGAAAAUGGCAUUUCGGAAAAAUCGUCGAAAUCUGUGAUGGUACCCCUUUGGAAUCUGCAAAAAAUGGGCCCCGAAUAAAUUUGCCCAUAUAGGCGCUUAGUGGACUUAAUCAUCAUUGAAGAAUAGCCUCAGGCCGAAUACGUGAUCUGUAGUCUUCAAAAUCCAAAGAAAAUGGCCAUUCGUCACCCAAAAAAUUUCGAAAAUGUCAUCCGAAAAUAAAUUGGCCCAAAUCGCUGCUUAAUGAACUUAUCAUCCGUGGAGAAUAGGAUCAAUAGACUCCAUUAUCAGUGGAGAAUAGGCUCGGCCUGAUUUCGUGAUCUGCAUCCUCCAUAAUCGAAAGAAAAUGCCAUUUCGGAAAAAUCGUCGAAAUCUGUGAUGGUACCCCUUUGGAAUCUGCCAAAAAUGGGCCCGGAAUAAAUUCGCCCAAAUCAGCGCUUAAUGGACUUAAUCAUCGUUGAAGAAUAGCCCCAGGUUGAAUUUGUGAUUUGUAGCGUUCAACCUCCAAAGAAAAUGGCCUUUCGUCCCCCAAAAAAUUACGAAAAUGCCAUCCAAAAAUAAAUUGGCCCAAAUCGGUGCUUAUUGGACUUAUCAUCCGUGGAGAACCGGAUCAAUAGACUUCAUUAUCAGUGGAGAAUAUGCUCGGCCUGAUUUCGUGAUCUCCAUCCUCCAUAAUCGAAAGAAAAUGGCAUUUCGAAAAAAUCGUCGAAAUCAGUGAUGGUACCCCUUUGGAAUCUGCAAAAUAUGGGCUCCGAAUAAAUUUGACCAUAUGGGCGCUUAGUGGACUUAAUCAUCAUUGAAGAAUAGCCUCAGGCCGAAUCCGUGAUCUGUAGUCUUCAAAAAUCCAAUGAAAACGGCCUUUCGUCGCCCAAAAAAUUACGAAAAUGCCAUCCGAAAAUAAAUAUGCCCAAAUCGCUGCUUAAUGGACUUAUCAUCCGUGGAGAAUAGGAUCAAUAGACUUCAUUAUCGGUGGAGAAUAGGCUCUGCAUGAUUUCGUGAUCUGCAUCCUCCAUAAUCGAAAGAAAAUGGCAUUUCGGAAAAAUAGUCGAAAUCUGUGAUGGUACCACUUUGGAAUCUGCAAAAAAUGGGCCCAGAAUAAAUUUGCCCAAAUCGGCGCUUAAUGGACUUAAUCAUCAUUGAAGAAUAGCCACAGGCUGAAUCCGUGAUCUAUAGUCUUCAAAAAUCCAAAGAAAAUGGUCUUUCGUCGCCCAAAAAAUUAUGAAAAUGCCAUCCGAAAAUAAAUUGGCCCGAAUCGCUGCUUAUUUGACUUAUCAUCCAUGGAGAAUAGGAUCAAUAGACUUCAUUAUCGGUGGAGAAAAGGCUCGGCCUGAUUCCGUGAUCUGCAGUCUAUAAUCGAAAGAAAAUGGCAUUUCAGAAAAAUCGCAGAAAUCUGUGAUGGUACCCCUUUGGAAUCUGGCAAAAAUAGACGCGGAAUAAAUUCGCCCACAUCGGCGCUUAAUGGACUUAAUCAUCGUUGAAGAAUAGCCUCAGACCGAAUCCGUGAUAUGUAGCCUUCAAAAUCCAAAGAAAUAUGGCCUUUCGUCGCCCAAAAAAUUACGAAAAUGCCAUCCGAAAAUAAAUUGGCCCAAAUCGUUGCUUAAUGGACUUAACAUCCAUGGAGAAUAGGAUCAAUAGACUUCAUUAUCGGUGGAGAAUAGGCUCGGCAUGAUUCCGUGAUCUAUAGCCUCCAGAAUUGAAUGAAAAUGGCAUUUCGGGAAAAUCGCCGAAAUCUGUCAUGGUACCCCUUUGGAAUCUGGCAAAAAUGGACCCAUAAUAAAUUCGCCUAAAUCGGCUCUAAAUAGACUUAAUCAUCGUUUGAAGAAUAGCCCCAGGCCGAAUCCGUGAUCUGUAGCCUUCAACCCCAUAAAAUUACGAAAAUGCCAUCCAAAAAUAAAUUGUCCCAAAUCGGUGCUUAUUGGACUUAUCAUCCGUGGAGAAUAGGAUCAAUAGACUUCAUUAUCGGUGGAGAAAAGGCUCGGCCUGAUUCCGUGAUCUGCAGCCUCUAUAAUCGAAAGAAAAUGGCAUUUCGGAAAAAUCGCCAAAAUCUGUCAUGGUACCCCUUUGGAAUUUGGGAAAAAUGGACCCAUAAUAAAUUCGCCUAAAUCGGCGCUUAAUAGACUUAAUCAUCGUUGAAGAAUAGCCGCAGGCCGAAUCCGUGAUCUAUAGCCUUUAAAAUCCAAGGAAAAUGGCAUUUCGUCCCCCCAAAAAUUACGAAAAUGCCAUCCAAAAAUAAAUUGGCCCAAAUCGGUGCUUAUUGGACUUAUCAUCCGUGGAGAAUAGGAUCAAUAGACUUCAUUAUCGGUGGAGAAAAGGCUCGGCCUGAUUCCGUGAUCUGCAGCCUCUAUAAUCGAAAGAAAAUGGCAUUUCGGAAAAACGCAGAAAUCAGUGAUGGUACCCCUAUGGAAUCUGGCAAAAAUGGACCCGGAAUAAAUUUGCCCAAAUCGGCGCUUAAUGGACUUAAUCAUCAUUGAAGAAUAGCCUCAGGGCGAAUCAGUGAUCUGUAGCCUUCAAAAAUCCAAAGAAUAUGGCCUUUCAUCGCCCAAAAAAUUACGAAAAUGCCAUCCGAAAAUAAAUUGUGCCAAUUUGCUGCUUAUAGACUUAUCAUCCGUGGAGAAUAGGAUCAAUAGACUUCAUUAUCGGUGGAGAAUAGGCUCGGCCUGAUUCUAUGAUCUGCAGCCUCCAGAAUCAAAAGAAAAUGGCAUUUCGGAAAAAUCGCUCAAAUCUGUCAUGGUAUCCCUUUGGAAUCUGGCAAAAAUGGACCCAUAAUAAAUUCGCCUAAAUCGGCGCUUAAUAGACUUAAUCAUCGUUGAAGAAUAGCCCCAGGCCGAAUCCCUGAUCUGUAGCCUUCAAAAUACAAAGAAAAUGGCAUUUCGUCCCCCAAAAAAUUACGAAAAUGCCAUCCAAAAAUAAAUUGGCCCAAAUCGGUGCUUAUUGGACUUAUCAUCCGUGGAGAAUAGGAUCAAUAGACUUCAUUAUCGGUGGAGAAAAAGCUCGGCCUGAUUCCAUGAUCUGCAGCCGCUAUAAUCGAAAGAAAAUGGCAUUUCGCAAAAAUCGCCGAAAUCUGUCAUGGUACCCUUUGGAAUCUGGCAAAAAUGGACCCAUAAUAAAUUCGCCUAAAUCGACGCUUAAUAGACUUAAUCAUCGUUGAAGAAUAGCCGCAGGCCGAAUCCAUGAUCUGUAGCCUUCAAAAUCCGAAGAAAAUGACAUUUCGUCCCCCCAAAAAUUACGAAAAUGCCAUCCAAAAAUAAAUUGGCCCAAAUCGUUGCUUAUUGGACUUAUCAUCCGUGGAGAAUAGGAUCAAUAGACUUCAUAUCGGUGGAGAAUAGGCUCGGCCUGAUUCCGUGAUCUGCAGCCUCCAGAAUAGAAAGAAAAUGGCAUUUUAGAAAAAUUGUCCAAAAUCUGUGAUAGUACCCCUUUGGAAUCUGCAAAAAAUGGGCUCCAAAUAAAUUCGCCCAAAUCGGCGCUUAAUGGACUUAAUCAUCAUUGAAGAAUAGCCACAGGCUGAAUCCGUGAUCUGUAGUCUUCAAAAAUCCAAAGAAAAUGGCCUUUCGUCGACCAAAAAAUUACGAAAAUGCCAUCCGAAAAUAAAUUGGCCCAAAUCGCUGCUUAAUGGACUUAUCAUCCGUGGAGAAUAGGAUCAAUAGACUUCAUUAUCAGUGGAGAAUAGGCUCGGCCUGAUUCUAUGAUCUGCAGCCUCCAGAAUCAAAUGAAAAUGGCAUUUCGGAAAAAACGCCGAAAUCUGUGAUUGUACCCCUUUGGAAUCUGCGAAAAUGGGCCCCGAAUAAAUUCGCCCAAAUCGGCGCUUAAUGGACUUAAUCAUCAUUGAAGAAUAGCCUCAGCCGAAUCCGUGAUCUGUAGCCUUAAAAAUCCAAAGAAAAAUGUCUUUCGUCGCCCAAAAAAUUACGAAAAUGUCAUCCGAAAAUAAAUUGGCCCAAAUCGGUGCUUAAUGGACUUAUAAUCCGUCGAGAAUAGGAUCAGUAGACUUCAUUAUCGGUGGAGAAUAGGCUCGGCCCGAUUCCGUAAUCUGCAGCCUACAGAAUUGAAAGAAAAUGACAUUUCGGAAAAAUCGCCUAAAUCUGUCAUGGUACCCCUUUGGAAUUUGGAAAAAAUGGACCCGGAAUAAAUUCGCCCAAAUUGGUGCUUAAUGGACUUAAUCAUCGUUGAAGAAUAGCCUCAAGCCGAAUCUGUGAUCUGUAGCCUUCAAAAAUCCAAAGAAAAUGGCCUUUCGUCGCCCAAAAAAUUACGAAAAUGCCAUCCGAAAAUAAAUUGGCCCAAAUCGCUGCUUAAUGGACUUAUCAUCCGUGGAGAAUAGGAUCAAUAGAGUUCAUUAUCGGUGGAGAAUAGGCUCGGCCUGAUUCCAUGAUCUGUAGCCUCCAGAAUCGAAAGAAAAUGGCAUUUCGGAAAAAUCGCCCGAAAUCUGUGAUAGUACCCCUUUGGAAUCUGCCAAAAAUGGUCCCAGAAUAAAUUCACCCAAAUCGGCGCUUAAUGGACUUAAUCAUCGUUGAAAAAUAGCCUCAGGCCGAAUCCGUGAUCUGUAGUCUUAAAAAUCCAUAGAAAAAAGGCCUUUCGUCGCCCAAAAAAUUACGAAAAUGCCAUCCGAAAAUAAAUUGGCCAAAAUCGUUGCUUAUUGGACUUAUCAUCCGUGGAGAAUAGGAUCAAUAGACUUCAUUAUCGGUGGAGAAUAGGCUCGGCCUGAUUCCGUGAUCUGCAGCCUCCAGAAGCGAAAGAAAAUGGCAUUUCAGAAAAAUCGCACAAAAUCAAUGAUGGUACCACUUUGGAAUCUGCCAAAAAUGGACCUAGAAUAAAUUCGCCCAAAUAGGUGCUUAAUAGAUUUAAUCAUCGUUGAAGAAUAGCCUCAGGCCGAAUCUGUGAUCUGUAUCCUUCAAAAUCCAAAGAAAAUGGUCUUCCGUCGUCGAAAAAAUUACGAAAAUGCCAUCCGAAAAUAAAUUGGCCCAAAUCGGUGCUUAAUGGACUUAUCAUCCAUGGAUAAUGGGAUCAAUAGACUUCAUUAUCGGUGGAGAAUAGCCUCGGCCUGAUUCCGUGAUCUGCAGCCUCCAGAAGCGAAAGAAAAUGGCAUUUCGGAAAAAUCGCAUGAAAUCUGUGAUUGUACCUCUUUGUAAUCUGCCAAAAAUGUACCUGGAAUAAAUUCGUGAUCUAUAGCCUUCAAAAUCCAAAGAAAAUGGCCUUUCGUCGCCCAAAAAAUUACGAAAAUGUUCGAAAAUAAAUUGUCCUAAAUCGAUGCUUAAUGAACUUAUCAUCCAUAGAGAAUAGGAUCAAUAGACUUCAUUAUCGGUGGAGAGUAGCCUUGGCCUGAUUCCAUGAUCUGCUACCUCUAGAAUCGAAAGCAAAUGGCAUUUUGGAAAAAUCACCUGAAAUCUGUGAUGGUACCCCUUUGGAAUCUUCCAAAAAUGACCCGGAAUAAAUUCGCCCAAAUCGACGCGUAAUGGACUUAAUCAUCGUUGAAGAAUAGUCUCAGGCUGAAUCCGUGAAAUGCCAUUUUCUUUUCGAUUCUGAAGUCGACAUAUCACGGAUUCAGUGUGAGGCUAUUCUCCAUCGAUAAUGAAGUAUAUUGAUCAUA